AAGUUGGAUAAACAUAAACUCAUUACAUUGAUAAAACACAAUUCAAAAGAUCAAUGUUCCACUUCAUGCAAAGACAUUUCCAAAAUAUGUGUAGGUAGAGGGGUUUUACAGGAUCGUCCUGAGACCAAAUGAGCAGCUGACCACAUGAUGCAGCUAUGUUUGCUAUUCAGCUGCUCAUCUGUUCUCAGGUCGCCCUUGUUGGACUGUCCAACUCCUACUGAUUGCGGAUGCACUUGCCACAAAUGAAAAUCAAAGCGAGGGGAUAAGAAUAUUGUAAAGUGUGACUACGAUUGCAUUCAUGUGAUUUAGGUAAUUAAGUUACAUGAUUGUCUAAUUGUGUUUAUGGAAUUGUAUAUUUUCAGACCAAGGCACCUGUAACUAAUUAUAGGUACCAUACCUUAAAAUAAGUCCAACUAAGUCCAUGUCUGUGAUUUUUUAGUGUCACAAAUCACAAUCCAUUGCCAUUGGUUUUUUAAUUUUUCAUUGUCUGUUGUUUAACUAACUCUAGCUUUUUAGCUGCUUCAAGUACAGAUUCCUCAAAGUGGAAAAUGUUCUUUGAAGUCAAUAAAAAGAGCUUUGAUGAUCAUCUGCAUUGUCUAAGUUGGAUAAACUAAUUAGAGAGAACUUUUGAACUUUGUCUACCAAAUAUCUGUCAGUGUCAUCUGUCAGUUCUGCAAGCUGAAGUGUUGAAUCCACGAGGUGCUUGUUGCAAAGUUGUGAUAUUAAAAGACAUCUACGAAGAAGUUCAAGCAAAACUCUUUUUGGCAUACUUGCUGCUGCAGAAGGAACAACUUUACCAAAAAAAUUUGUUUUAAAAAAAUGCUAUGAUAACAAUAAUGAAGAAACUAAGCAUGCAAAACUGCAAAAGUUGUGCUAUAAAAAAAAUCCAAACCAAAAUGAAGGACAAAAGAAUUUGAAACUCAAUAUCCUUUUACACAGAUUAUUUCACAAAUCACAAUUAAGUAGCAACUUGCAACAGAUUAAAAUAUAUUAUUUUAACAAAAUAUGAAACAAGGAUAUUUUCAUACACAGUGAGCACAGUGAGCGUGCUGCACUGCACUUGGAGUUGAGGAGAGUCAGUUCAGUUCAGUGAAAGAGAAGAUGGAAUUUUUUGUUUGGGGAGAGCCACAACAAAAACAGAGGAUCAGUUCAGUGGAUUUUUUUAUUUUUUAUUUUUGACAAAAAUAGGCUAUGCACUAGUUUUACCAUCUUAUUCAAUCACAAACCACAGCCAAUAAAUUGAGAAUCCAACACAAAUCAAUGUAACUUAUAGGACACUAUUUUUAUAUAAAAAUAAAUUAAUAAACAACAUUUAAAAAAUAAGUAUCUUUUCUAAAGUAAAUAAACUAGAAUAAAUAGUAAACAGAACCAGGUAUAUACUAGUAUCUUUUUUAUCAUUCGGUAUAUACUAGUAUGAACGUCCAUUAUGUAAAAAGCGAGAGAAAAAUAUUGACAUACUUCAUUUAAAAAAAUAUAUAUUGACUUACUUAAAAGUGGCGCAUACCAGAAAUUAGAUUGGCAAGUUAGUUAGUUGUUUUGCAUUUUAUUUGUUGUGAACUUUUCUUUGGUGAAAAACUGUAAAUAUUUUUAUCUGGCAUAGAAUAACCAUCUUAUAUUUCUCAUAAACUUGGACAAUAUCGUACUUUAAUUUGCACAAACUCAUAACAGAAGGAAAGCAGCAGGUGGACAACCAUAUUUUUUUGUCCUACUUUAACUCUAAUCACAAGACUCGAUACCUACAAACACGUUAAUUCCAUUGAUCCCCUCAUUGAAGUUAAGAUAUUUUGAGUACAAAGCAUAACAGAAUGUUUAAUUUUAUCCUAGUUUCUCAUAGUUAAAAUACUCCAUCACUACAACAUCUAGACACCCUCUAAUUAUAUCUUGAAAAGGUAGUAGUGUAAAAACCUUAAUUUGUAUCAUAGUCGUAGCUCAAUUCCCAAGGUCCCUUGCUUCUCCAUUCUGUCAUGGAACAAAAGCAGCAAAGACCUGCUAUGAUGUCUGUGCCUCAGUUUGGAGGGUGGGACCAAAAAGCACCAGGAGCUACUGACUAUUCGAUGGUGUUCACCCAAGCUCGUGCAAACAAAAAGCAGCAGAAGACCAACCUCACUGAAAUAAAACAUAGAAGUCUUGGGAAUGAAAGGGACAUAGCUAAUGCCAAACAUGGCAAAGCUCAUCAUCAUCAUCAUGUUCACGGUCAUUCUCAUGCUCAUGAGGAACCUCUUGUCGUGGGGAAAAAGAAGAUCCUAACCUACGUAAAUUGUUGUAUUAGACCGUGAUGUGUUAUGAAACAUACUACCACAGACACUCAUUGAUUUUUAAAUCAAUGAUAUGGAAUUAAAGCUCGGGGGAUUUAUGACUUGUAAAAUAUGUACGUAGACGAGACAAGUUCAAUAGAAACCUGACCAACUUCUGUAAUCUAAGUGUGCUACAUAUUGUACAGUGUCUUAUUAUUGUCUCUUUUUUGCUAAGAGCUUUAGACAAUAAGCAAUGUACAUUACAUGAGUGGAAAAGUUAACGUGAAGCGUAUCUAUUGUCUAUUGUAA